AUGCUAUUGGACAGAACAAUUUUGACCAAGAGUCAAAGAUGGUGUAUACCUGUUCGUAGAUGGAGAUUGAUGACUUCAUGGACAAGAUCAAAGUCUGAUUCAAAUGAAGUCACAGAACAACAACGAGCAUUUCUAAAGGAAUAUAAAAUCAGAUCCUCCUUAGAGGGACUCAUCAUGCAUUAUUCUCAACGGAAGAUGACUCAAAUGUCCAUUGCUGGAUUAUACGAACAAAGUGAAAAACUCACGUCCAACUUUAUACUUCAGAAUGCAAAUGCAACCAUUGAUAAAUUACUUGUUUAUAAUGCUAGACGACUCAAGGAGUUCCGUAAGUUGCCUUAUUUGGUAGUAUUGAACCCUUCGAUCUCAGAGACCUAUAAUCAAUAUUUGAUGACCAUGUCUUUACUACUUGAAGCAUCCAUAAACCCUCCUUUAACAUUAGAAGCCAAUGGUGAUUUCUGUGAUCUGAUCCUUCAGAAAUUCAUUGAUAUCCAUGCUGACACUUUACCUGUACUUUCUAAAGGUUUUGAAGAGGUAUCAAUCCAUUUACCUCAAGGAGUCAUUAAAUCAUUUCUCGAUGUCCAUCUUCGAGAACGGAUCCAUAUGAGACUCAUUGCUCAUCAACACAUGGAAUUGUCCAAAACAUUACAACAAGGUGGGGCCAAUUAUGUAAAAGGGGGCAAAUAUAAUGGAGUCAUCAAGCUUUUAAACAUUAAAGAUGUCAUAAAGAAAAAUGCUGAGUUAGUUAAUGAUAUUUGCUUUUUAAAAUAUGAUCAAACAGUUGCUUUAACUAUUGAUACUAAUCUUUACCCUCCUACAUUCUGGUCUAAAAAGGACCCCUCUUUAACUCCCAUAUUAAAUGAAGAAAACAUCAUGUUCCCUUACAUUGAAUAUCAUUUGGAUUACAUUCUCAUGGAGCUUUUUAAGAACUCCUUUAGAGCUCAUAUUGAAAACGGAGUUCAAAGUCCGGUCCAAGCAACCAUCUCCAUUUCCAAUAACCCAAUGUACCUUGAGAUGAGAAUCAGAGAUCGAGGGAAGGGGAUUUCUCCUAAAGUAUUGAAUCACAUAUUUGACUAUUCUUAUACCACAUUCGAAACCAAUGAAGGCGAGGCUUAUAAGACAUUGAAUUCUCCACCUGGAGAUGGAGCUAAUGUGGUUGCAGGUAUGGGAUAUGGACUACCUUUACUGAAGGCUUAUAUUGAACUAUUCAAUGAUACUUUGCCUGAUGAUGAGGGGAACACGUAUAGCAAGGGCCUGUUGAGUUUACAGACGUAUUAUGGCUUGGGUACUGAUGUCUAUCUAAAGACAGUGGGUUACUAG